AUGGCAUCCCACAGUGAUGGCAGGGAUCCUCAAGAUCAAUCGGAGUUUAUAUUUGCUUCAGCGUCAUCAUCCAACAUCCCCAUUAUCCGAACCCAGCCCACCCGACCAACAUCAAGGGACAAUGCAGGAGAUACAACUCGGGUUCCCCGGGCUGUAGAAUCCCACUCUGGAACAACAUAUGGAACUAUGGACCCGCACGAUACAAGACGGCUCGAAUCCCGGGUCGAGGAGAGCUAUCAAACAUCUGCAGCCACAUAUGAGCCCAUACGGUCGCCCGUCAUCUCACAGCAGUCUUCUGAGCGAACGCCCAAAAAGCCCCCAACCAUACGUCGCACUUCCAACAAACCGUAUAGAGGCCAAGAAUUCUCAGUCGACGAUGACCCAAAGGAGUACGAAGAGGACAAUGCCCUUUACAGACAUGUUUCCGGGAGAUCCACAACAUCUCUCCGUCGGAGACCUCAUGCCCAGCAGCCUGCACUCCAACGUGUUGAUUCGAGAGACGAAGACUCUGUUCAUUUACCAUCUUCUGCUGAAUCCAGCGGUCGCCGUGGUAGUGGGGGUGAACCCUCUAAACUCACUAUGAGUGUCGAUGCGGAGGAUGAUUCUCGCAGUGAUGUGAGUGACGCAGAGAGCUUCACGCUUAAGGACCGCCAGCAGGCCAUCAAUGCGACGCAUCCUUUUGGUAUCAGAAUUUGGAAACCUGCUCUGUACAAGAAAUUUCGCUCCGUUGAAAAGACAGCAGAGGGGGAUAUCCAUUCGGUUCCCGGAGAGCGGGUGAGCAAUUGGCUGUUUAUGACUAAUCUUCUAUGGUCAAUCAUUUUUGGUUGGUGGCUGGCUCUGGCAUCCCUUCUCGGGGCUGUUGCUUGCUAUGUCCUUGGCUUUUCCCCCGAUGCUAGGGCAUAUGGGAAAGUGUUUUACGAUCUCUCUUUCUACCUCUUCUAUCCCUUUGGUUCAUUUGUCUGUCUGGAAAACGACGAAAACUAUGCACAUGAAGAUGAAGGCGAAGGUCGUAGUAUCAGCGAGUAUGAACAAUGGCAAAGCGGAGACCUUGAACAUGGAAGGCUAUUUUUUGGCCCAAUUUCAAGUCGCUCUCUCGUGGGGCGUCGAAGAAAUAGCCUUGACUCGGCUAGCGAACAUGACAGUCUCCUCGGUAGUAGAACAGGUAGAGGAUCUCACGAUGGAAGUUCUUCCAAGGCGAAGAGACGAUUUUUUGGUCGAGGGGAGUGGACAGUGGGAAGAGUUGUCUUUUAUACGUUCUUCUACUUCCUAGUCGGCCCUUUGAUGCUCCUUGUGUCUCAGAUCUGCUGGAUGAUGGUAUUCUGGAUCCCCAUGGGUAGAGUAACCAUUAUUUUAUUCUCCCAUCUUCGCCGUCAUCCACUUGCGCUUUCAUUCCAUUCCGAUGUGACCUACACCCGAUCACCGUCUCGACCUUCCUCCUCGAUCCUUCUUUGUACCUACCGCGCUGCCGGUCAGAAAUACUGGAAAUACACCAUUGACGGAACUAAUAUUUUCUUCAUCAACCUGCUUUCUGUGGUUAUUUUCACCAUAUUGGAUUUUUGGGUACUACGUGUGAUGUUCCAAAUCAAGACGUGGAUUACUCAUCCCGGUUUUAUAUUUACUUUGGCCCUCCUUUCCAUUAUCCCUCUGGCUUAUUUCAUUGGACAAGCUGUUGCGUCCAUCUCCGCCCAGUCAUCAAUGGGGCUUGGUGCCGCUGUCAACGCAUUCUUUUCGACGGUGGUCGAAGUAUUUCUUUAUUGUGUUGCCCUUACAGAAGGCAAGGCACAACUCGUUGAAGGGAGCAUCAUUGGUAGCAUUUUCGCCGGUAUCCUGUUUCUUCCGGGUUUAUCUAUGUGCUUUGGUGCCAUUAGACGCAAAACCCAACGAUUCAACGUCAAAUCUGCUGGAGUUACGUCGACAAUGCUCCUCUUCGCCGUCAUUGCUGCAUUUGGUCCGACCCUAUUUUAUCAGGUUUACGGCAGUCAUGAAUUGAAGUGCAUGUCUUGCACCUCUACUGGUUUUGGAGGAGAAAGGGACUGUCGUCGUUGCUACUUCUCAGACAUACCCGCGAUUAAUGAGAAAUUUUUCCUCAAAGCGGUGCAGCCAUACUCUUGGUUUGCAGCAGUCCUACUUUUCCUAUCCUACGUUAUAGGACUCUGGUUUACACUGAGGACCCAUGCCGCUGUUAUCUGGUCAAGCGAAAUGGAUGAGAAAAAGAUAAUUCAAGCAACACAUUUCCUGCCACAAGAUUCCAGUCUCUCAAUAGCUAAAGGCAAAAACCACCAUUCCGCCAACGGGCAGCAAUUCGGCCAUAGCAGCGCUCAUCAGCCAAAGGGUUCUAUUCGAGACUCUCAACUAUAUGCCCGCAUUCUCGGCCAGUCGUUGAAACAUGUUGGCCUGUCUCCACCCUCAAAUGAUGGCAACCCAGAACAGCAUUCGAACCCCGCCGAAAGCCACAACGUUACUCCUCAUCUAGUGCCCCCAAAGAGUCAUGAUAUUUCUUCCACUACCCUGUCUCUUCCAGGCCUCUCAGACGAACAGAAUGAAAUAUUUGUCCGUAAGGUAACGGAGGUGGCUGCUACUGCUGCCACUGUCGCAGCCCGCGAUGCCGCCACGCGGCAAAGAAAGCCCCCGAUUGUCGCUCCUACCUUUGACCAAUCUGGCAACAAACUAGCUGAUGCCGGACUAGCCACGCUGCCAACCCAUGAGGAUGGGGAAGACGCUACAGUUCUCGGUGAAACCCAUUCUACCUCAGGUGGCCAUGACGCACCAAACUGGAGCAAGACGAAGAGCUCCAUCAUCCUUCUAACUGCAACUGUGCUCUACGCAAUCAUCGCGGAAAUACUGGUUGAUACCGUCGACACCGUUCUGGAUAACGUUGAUGUCGAUGAGAAGUUUCUGGGUAUUACUCUCUUUGCCCUGGUUCCGAAUACCACGGAGUUUAUGAAUGCCAUCUCCUUUGCCAUGAACGGGAACAUAGCUCUUUCGAUGGAAAUUGGAUCUGCAUACGCACUCCAAGUCUGCCUUCUUCAAAUACCCGCGCUGGUGUUAUUCAGUGCCAUAUACGCCCAAUUCAUCGACCCCAAAGAGUUGCUCAGUCAUUCCUUCAACCUAAUAUUCCCGCAAUGGGAUAUGAUCACUAUCAUCCUUUGUGUCUUCCUUCUUUCAUACAUGUACGGCGAGGGUAAGAGCAACUACUUCAAGGGCUCUAUUCUCGUCCUCACGUACCUUUUUGUCAUUGCUGGUUUCUACCUGUCCGAGUUCAAUAAUAUCGAUGCCAUGAGCGUUGAUCCGCUUGAUAGUUUGGCACUUGCUGGGAGUGUGAGCCUUCGUACUGUGGACAGGGGAGGGAAAGCGUUUUUAAUUAAUUGA